GUGGGGAAGGGCUUAAAGGCUGAGUCAAAAGCCAAGAAGUCUCUUUAUUUACGCCUACCUCCCAGCCCCUGGCAAUCUGACUAAUAACAAACUGAGCUAACAAGAAAGACUAGAAAGAACAGAGAGAACACAGAAGCAGCUUGGAUCUAAAAAUCUGGAAAAAAAGAAGUGAUCAAGUCAAGCUCUUCUGAGCAUCUUGUUUGUUUACUGCAUCCAAAUGCUUGCAAACAGUUAACUAUAUGCAGAAAAGUCAGCAUAGCUCUGAAGUAUGCUGUGAAUUUUAAUUGAGGAUAAAGGACAACUGCUUACAGGAUGGUCUAAUGUGCACGCUACUUGGAAGAUUUUUUUCAAUUGAAUGCUUUGUACUUUGUCUUCUGAACAAAGAUUUUAACUUUGUGGAGCCCUAGUAUUAACAGAGCUUGCAGCAAAGUGAAACAGAAGAAAGUGGGCAUUUUUCACAGAGAAAAAUUACACCGCAUUGAAACAGCUGCUCCGACUGUGCAUUACUGAGCAUUUCAGGGAGUGUUACUGCUGCACAGAAUCUCCUGCACAAGAUGAAGCCCUGGAUUUUUAUUCUAUAUUCAGUUGUGGUUGCAUCUGAUCCUUUCCAAUCACAGCCUUCUUUUUCUUCAGUCAGAGGAAUUUGUCAGAGUUUGUGUUCCUGUGAAGAAAAGGAUGAUACCAUGAUUAUAAACUGCGAAGAAAGAGGCAUCAAGAUGGUAUCAGAAAUAAAUGUCCCACUAUCACAGCCUUUCCAUCUUAAUCUGUUAAACAAUGGUCUGACUAUGCUACACAUGAAUGAUUUUGCUGGCCUUGUUAAUGCCCUCUCUCUACAUCUUGGUUUUAAUAAUAUUGCAGAUAUUGAGCCUGGGGCUUUCAAUGGUCUCAGCCUUCUUAAGCAACUUCAUAUCAAUCACAAUUCUUUAGAAACACUUAAAGAAGAUACAUUUAAUGGAUUGGAAAAUCUGGAGUUUCUUCAAGCAGACAACAAUUUCAUCACAGUGAUUGAAGCAAGUGCCUUUAGCAAGCUCAACAGACUUAAAGUGCUUAUUUUGAAUGAUAAUGCCAUUGAGUAUCUUCCUCCAAACAUAUUUCGUUUUGUGCCAUUGACCCAUUUAGAUCUUCGUGGAAACCAGUUGCAGACACUGCCCUAUGUUGGCUUUUUGGAACACAUUGGUAGAAUACUAGACCUUCAGUUGGAAGACAAUAAAUGGGCUUGUAACUGUGAUUUGCUGCAGCUGAAGAUAUGGCUAGAAAACAUGCCUCCUCAGUCAAUAAUAGGUGACAUUGUAUGCAAUAGUCCUCCAGUUAUCAAAGGCAGCAUAUUAAGCCGAUUGAAAAAAGAAUCACUUUGUCCCACUCAUCCUGCCAAUGAACUUGAAGAUCCUUCAGGGUCACUGCCCUUGGUUGUAACUUCAUCUGUCAGUGAUAAUCACCUAUCAACUAAGGUGAUUCCUAUCCUGAAAGCUCCUACUAAAGAACCACGUUUCAAUCUACAUACUUCAAAGCCUACUACACAGUUUCCAGGAAUCUAUUGUCCUGUCCCCUGUCACUGCACCAGCCACAUGCUCUCAGGAGUUCUCAUGCACUGCCAGGAGCGAAAUAUUGAAAGCUUGUCUGAUCUAGGGCCCCCUCCUCCAAAUCCCAAAAAGCUUAUUUUAGCUGGAAACAUUAUUCAGACAUUACAGAAAUCAGAUCUUGUGGGUUAUGCCGGUCUGGAAAUGCUUCACCUGGGGAAUAAUCGCAUUGAAAUUCUUGAGGAAGGAUCCUUUAUGAAUCUGACUAGACUUCAGAAAUUAUAUCUCAAUGGAAAUCAUCUUACAAAGCUCAGUCAGAAUCUCUUCCUUGGCCUUCAGCACCUUGAGUAUUUGUACCUUGAAUAUAAUGCCAUCAAAGAAGUGUUGCCAGGGACAUUUAAUGCAAUGCCGAAACUUAAGGUCCUCUACUUAAAUAACAACCUCCUGCAGACUUUACCACCCCAUAUCUUUUCAGGUGUUCCACUCACCAGAUUAAACCUGAAAACAAACCAAUUUGCUCAUUUACCUGUGAGCAAUGUCUUGGAUGAACUGGGUAUGCUGGUACAAAUUGAACUUGACGACAACCCCUGGGACUGUACCUGUGAUUCAGUUGGGCUGCAGAAAUGGAUACAAAGACUGAGUAAGAAUACAAUGAUGGGUGAUAUUUUUUGUAAAUCUCCAGGUCACUUAGCAAACAAGGAUUUGAAAUCCCUGAACAGUGAAGUUUUGUGUCCAGGUUUAAUGAACAGCCCUGCCCUACCAACUCAUGCCAGUUUUGUAGUUGUUACAACUUCUACUACUACCAACACUGCAGACUCCCUCCUGCGGUCUCUCACAGAUGCCGUCCCACUUUCUGUUCUAAUAUUAGGACUUCUAAUUGUGUUUAUAACUAUUGUGUUUUGUGCAGCAGGAAUAGUUGUUCUUGUUCUGCAUCGAAGACGAAGAUGUAAAAAGAAACAAGCAGAUGAACAAAUGAGGGAGAGUAGCCCAGUUCACCUUCAGUACAGCAUGUAUGGACAUAAGACAACACACCACACAACGGAGCGCCCAGCUGCAACCCUCUAUGAGCAAUGUAUGGUUACUCCCAUGGUUCAGGUCUACCGCAGCCCCUCAUUCAGCCCCCAGCAUAAUGAGCUACAAGAGGGGGGAAGUGAAAAGCAAGCUAAUGAUCCUAAACAUCUCCGCCGAAGUCUCCUGGAAAGAGAGAACAGUUCACCUUGUACAGGUUCAAACGUCAAAUAUAAAGCUACAGAUCAAUCUGCUGAAUUUCUGUCUUUUCAGGAUGCCAGCUGUUUGUAUAGAAACAUUAUUGAAAAAGAGAGAGAACUGCAGCAACUAGGAAUCACGGAGUAUCUAAGAAAAAAUAUUGUCCAUCUUCAGCCUGACAUGGAAGUUCAUUAUCCUGGAACACAUGAGGAGCUGAAGCUAAUGGAGACACUAAUGUACUCUAGGCCAAGAAAGGUUUUUCUAGAACAAACUAAAAACGAAUAUUUUGAGCUCAAAGCUAAUUUACAUACCGAGCCCGACUAUUUGGAAGUCCUGGAGCAACAAACAUGA